UAAUAUCCAAUAUCUUGAGUAUAAUAUGAAUGAUUUGCCGAAUUAAUUUCGUCCAACGUUCAAUAUCUGAGCGCAAUGCGGGAGAGUUAAAUUAACUUGAAAUUGUCAGGUUUUUAGAUGUCAGAUUGCAAUAAUACGUAUCAACGUAUUUAGCGGAUUAUAUUAGCGGUUCCCAUUUUGCAUACGGAAAUUCUAGAACGACAGUUUUAAUUAUAUAGUACGUCUAUCAUCAUACAAUCCUUAAUCCGACUCUGCCGGAUAUUCAUAAAUGUAUUUUGAAGCCAUAAGUAUUUCCAAUCGUAACUAAAAAAAAACUUAAGAGGAUAUUUGAAAUAGUUAAAUACAUCUUUGAAAAGUAUAAUUGAAUUACAAAUACCAUAAUACCAAUUAUGUAUUUUUAUUUCAAAUAUGUAUUUUCAUUUCAAAUAUUUAUUUUAAUUCCGGGUAAUUAAUAUACUGCCCAAACAUGCGAGUCAGCAUAUAUAUAAGCCUUAAAAUUUUUAUAUAUUUCGACUGACCGGAAACCCGGAUUAGGGCAUAAGUACCGGGUGGCAUAAACCAGGCUUAUUGAUGUUUCAUAGGCUAGGUACAUGAAAACAGCAUUGAGGUUUCCUCUAUGGAAAACUGAAAUUAUCUACAUACAAAAGCUCAAAGCAAACGGUUUCUAUGGUAACUUUAAUGACUGUUCCAUCAAUAAAGAAUUUCCAUGUAUUACCGAACUACAUCUGAACAGAUCCCUUCCUGUACAACACAAUAUAAUUUGCGCCUGGGAACAAAAGCACAGUGUGUUAUUACCAGAAGAUGUGAGAUCUUUCUACGGAUCUACAGAUGGGUUUUUAUUCUCUUACAAAUACGUCUUGGCAGAUGAUAGCAACCAAUGUGCAAUGAAAGGCAAAUUAGAAGUCAAUUGUUUGAACGACUUGAUACAAAUUAAUGGAUACGAAAUAAGUACAAUCCCGGGAGUGAACAUGGAUGGUGAAAGAUAUGUCUUGAAAUUAGGCGCUGAGAGUAAAAUCUUCAUAUUGGAGACAUUGGAAAGGUUAGGAAAAGUAGUAUUAGUAUACAUAAAUUCUAGAUAUUUUCCGAAUAUUUGGAUACAAACUGAGAAUUCAGAAUUUUAUUUUUUAUCAGAUGACUUCACAACUUACCUUAGAAUGAGUAUACAUCAUAUGGGAAUUCCUUUUUGGCAGUUCGCUUACACAGAAUGUGGGAUACCAGAUUCCAGCAAGAUGCUUUUUCGUUUAAUGGCUCCUAGUAUAAUUCCAACAGAUGAAAAAAUUGAAGAUGGUAGAAAGGAGAUGGAGAAACUCAGGAAUCAAGGAAACUCUGAAAAUAUUCCCAAUAAAAUUGAUGUUGGUAUAUUCAGGACAUAUUAUAGAACUUCAGCUCCGAAUGCUUCUAGUAUAAUUGAGCAAACAAAUUCAACCAUCAUCUCCAAGAAAAAAACAACUAAUAAAGCCAGACACCUGACAACACUUAUUAAAAAGAGUCAAUUUAGGAAGCAAUUAGAUGCAAAUUCACAUUGAACACCUAAUUUUCCAGGAACCCCAUGUUGAUCAAAGGAAAAGAAAACACUAUACAUAUAUUUUCAUAUUUUAUUGAUUUACAUUUCAGCAAAACACAUUAAACAUAUUCCUUAU